GGUACGAAUACGUUUCUCGGCCGGGCGAGCCGGGAACGUUGAAUAUAUAUUUUCAGAAACGCGUUGAUCGGUAACACUGUCUUCGUGUCUUGAACUUUUACGUUACACAUACUAUAAAAGUAUCACCGCUUCUCUCAUUUUUUAAAUUUUUGUUUUUAUAGCUUGGUCAUGGCAUCGUCGCAGAAACCCUUUCGGGUCAUUAUCGUCGGUGGCGGUCUCGUGGCGCUCACAUCCGCACACAUAUUCUCGAAAGCCGGUAUCGAAUUCAUCCUUCUGGAACAGCAUAAAGAUCUAUUGCCUGACAUUGGCACGGUCCUUACACUAUGGCCCCCCACUUUCCGUAUUUUCGACCAGUUGGGAAUUCUGGAUACCAUGAUGUCAGUCAUGGACGAGAUCAAUCUCGGCAUUACGAUGUCGGCCGAUGAUGGCACUAUCUAUUCCGAAUUAGAUCCCAACCCCAUUGUAGAGAAAAACCACGGACAUAGACUACAGAUAACGUCUCGGCCCCGCUUCAUCGAGGCUCUGUACAAUACCCUCCCUGAAGACGCGAAAAGUCGAAUCAAGGUAAAUAAGCGCGUUGUUAAUGUGAACGUCUUUGACGAUGAAGUGAGCGUUGAAUGUUCCGACGGCACUAUCGUAAAAGGCUCGAUCGUCAUUGGCGCGGAUGGUGUUCACAGCAGGACCCGUCAGUGCAUGCAGGCCCUGGCCGAGGGCAAGCCACCUCCCGAGAAGCUGCAGGGUGCCAAAAGUCCUUUUAUCACUACCUAUAGGAUGUUAUUUGGAAACAUUCCCAUCCCGCUUGGGCUGGGAAAAGGUCGCAAUCAUGAAUGCUCGACCGAGCGUGUAUCGACCCAGGUCGUCACUGGCCAGAACCAAGCAUGGUUCGCGAUCUACGAGGCUCUCGACAAGCCCACUUCUGAGCGGGUCCGGUACACUGACAAAGAUAAAGAGGCAGUCAUCCAGAAAUGGGGACAUCUGUAUGCGGCUCCCGGCUACAGAAUCCGCGAUAUCUACUCCACGCAUGUUGGAGAUGUAGGGUUGAUACAUCUCGAGGAAGGUCGAGUAGACAAAUGGAGUUGGAAACGUAUCGUUCUCGUUAGUGAUGCAGUACGAAAGUUGGAGCCACACGCCGGUCUAGGGUACAACAGCGGCCUUGUUGAUAUGGUCGUCCUGGUGAACAUGCUUCGAAACCUGCUCGAGACCGAACCGUCGCCUACCACGAAGGAGCUUGAAGCCGUAUUUGCCAAUUACCAGAAGGAUCGACUGGGAGACGAGUCGGCCGUUCAUACUAUCUCUAUUCGACGCGCUCGACAGACUGCAUGGCUCACGCCGUUCAACAAACUUAUGUGUAAAUAUAUCGCACCAUGGAUUAACCUGGCGUAUAUCGGCGUGGUUUAUAUCUGGGGGCCAGUCGUUUCCCGAGUACCCGUCCUUGAAUGGCUAGAGGAGAAGUCGUUGGCCAAAACAUUACAGAUUCCAUAUAAGUACUAUCCUCUUACGGACGAAUCUAGGCAUUCGAAAGAUCAUGGAUCUUAUCGUUGGCCGAUCUACACGGGAGCCGUCACAGUAGCUGCCCUUACCGCUGUGGGACUUCAAUAUUACAGAAGAAUCUGAUGACGACACAACAUGAAUUUGAACGAAAACACAACAGCAGGGGGAUCUCUUCAUUUACAUAGCGCGCGUAUCUGUAAAUAUGUAUGGAUUGGAUAUCUGAGACAUCUGUUUAGAUUUAUCACGCAAUCUAUUAGAAGGCAACUUACACGACCAGAGUCCAACACGGUAGAAUUAGCACAUGGAUCACAUUUUUUCCGCUUGGAAUAAAGUCUUUGGCGUAUCGACGACAGCAAUAUCUUG